AUGUGCCGCAACAACGACAGCGAGGACGGGGACUGUCUUGGCUGCUGCGGGUUCCUAGCCUCGUGGUUUCCAGGGCUGCGCUACCCCGCUCAGCGUUGCACGUCUCCGGAUAGGUCGACCUCCUCCAGUUGCAGCUCCGGCUCCAUGGGUACCAUGGGUGCUUCCAACGAUGUCACAGACGUGGACGACGAGAACCUCCUGUCAGAGGAGUUACAGUCUUCGUCGACUGGAUCGUGGAGCUCGAUGGGCGAUCUUCAAACCACGGAGAGUGCGGAGAGCGAUGCGCCAUCGGAGGAGUCGGACCCGGACGAACGGGUGCGACGGGCAACAGCAUCUUUCCUCCAGUGGAAAAACAAGGAGUACGUGCCGCUCAGCCUUGACGAGAAACGUGCCAUCAAGGAGUACCGCAAGAUGGUUGCACAAGAGGAAGGGUCCUAUACGAGCACGCGGGCGCAACGGCAACGGGACAGGGCUCCAAAGCUGUUCAUUUCGCGCGAGGACGACUGGGUCGAUCUCGGUAGCCCGGCGGAGGGCGAUGGGCUGGCACGGCGCCGUAGUAGAAAGAUCCGCUUCGUUGCUGCGGUGAUAGCCAGCAAAGAAGUUGACGUGCACAACGAUGGGCUCGUCGUGCUGACAGACGCGGGCGAGGAGGUGCCGGAACUGCCUCGUUCCGCCUCGAUUUUGCGGAUGUCCUGCGUGAAGAAUUUAACGGAGGAGGCACCUGUGUUCGUGGAUGACUUGAAUAGCUGCAUGAUGGAGGACGAAGGGCGAUCCUGCGAGUCCGCCGUGCGUUGGGAGUUUCCUAGGUAG